AUGUCAAAUGGAAGAGAGAAGCAGCUGAAUGGCUUUGGGGAGAAGGGGAAGGAGAGGAGCCGCACGUCCCUGGUCAUCUCCCAGGCCGUUAACCGUAGUAUUUUCACCUCCGCAGUCUCUCCUGCUGCUGAACGCAUCCGCUUCAUCCUCGGGGAGGAAGAUGACAGCCCGGCACCCCCGCAGCUCUUCACAGAGCUGGAUGAACUUCUGGCCGUUGACGGACAAGAGAUGGAAUGGAAGGAGACUGCGAGGUGGAUCAAGUUUGAGGAGAAGGUAGAACAAGGUGGGGAGCGAUGGAGCAAACCUCACGUGGCCACCUUGUCCCUGCACAGCUUGUUUGAGUUGAGGACGUGUAUAGAGAAAGGCUCGAUAAUGCUGGAUAUGGAGGCCUCUUCUCUCCCACAGGUGGUGGAAAUGAUCGUCGACAAUCAGAUCGAGACGGGGCUUUUGAAAUCGGAACUGAAGGACAAAGUCACCUACACGCUGCUCAGGAAGCACCGGCACCAGACCAAGAAAUCCAACCUGCGCUCCCUGGCUGACAUUGGAAAGACCGUCUCCAGUGCAAGUAGGAUGUUUACCAACCCCGAUAAUGGCAGCCCAGCCAUGACUCACAGAAACCUGACUUCCACCAGCCUGAACGACAUCUCUGACAAGCCCGAGAAAGACCAGCUGAAGAACAAAUUCAUGAAGAAGUUGCCCCGUGAUGCUGAGGCCUCCAACGUGCUGGUGGGGGAGGUGGAUUUCCUGGAGAGCCCUUUCAUCGCCUUCGUCCGGCUGCAGCAGGCGGUCAUGCUGGGGGCCCUCACCGAGGUCCCCGUGCCCACCCGGUUUCUCUUCAUUCUGCUGGGACCCAAGGGCAAAGCCAAGUCCUACCAUGAGAUCGGCCGAGCCAUCGCCACUCUGAUGUCGGAUGAGGUGUUCCACGACAUUGCCUACAAAGCCAAGGACCGGCAGGACCUGAUCGCUGGCAUCGAUGAGUUUCUGGAUGAAGUCAUUGUGCUCCCCCCUGGGGAAUGGGAUCCAGCCAUUAGGAUAGAGCCCCCCAAGUCUCUUCCUUCAUCAGAUAAAAGGAAAAACAUGUACUCCGGGGGAGAAAACCUCCAGAUGAACGGAGACACGCCGCACGAUGGAGGCCACGGCGGCGGGGGCCACGGGGACUGCGAAGAACUGCAACGCACUGGCAGAUUCUGUGGUGGCUUGAUCAAAGACAUAAAGAGGAAAGCACCGUUCUUCGCCAGCGACUUCUACGAUGCUUUAAAUAUUCAAGCCCUGUCGGCCAUUCUUUUCAUCUACCUGGCCACGGUGACCAACGCCAUCACUUUCGGAGGACUGCUUGGCGACGCUACGGAAAACAUGCAGGGCGUGUUGGAGAGCUUUCUGGGCACAGCAGUCACCGGCGCCAUAUUUUGCCUUUUUGCUGGUCAGCCACUCACAAUUCUGAGCAGCACAGGACCCGUCCUUGUCUUCGAACGGCUCCUCUUUAAUUUCAGCAGAGACAAUGAUUUUGACUACCUGGAGUUCCGGCUCUGGAUUGGCUUAUGGUCAGCCUUCCAGUGUCUCAUUCUCGUCGCUACCGAUGCCAGCUUCCUUGUCAAGUACUUCACCCGCUUCACCGAAGAAGGUUUUUCCUCCCUCAUUAGCUUCAUCUUCAUUUAUGAUGCUUUCAAGAAGAUGAUCAAGCUGGCCGAUCAUUACCCCAUCAACUCCGAGUUCAAGGUGGACUAUAUCACGCAUUACUCUUGUGCCUGCGAACCAUUAGGUCCAG